AUGUCUGUUGCACGAUACAUCGUUGCCGGCCUCGGUGCCGCUGCCAGUGUCUCCGCGGCCCCUUACCAGCAGGAGGGCCAGUACUCGGCUCCAAGCAGCACCUUGUCGACCGCCUAUGUCAGCGCCGCUACCUACGGCAGUGCUUCCUACAGCGCCACGCAGUCCGCCUCCUACACCGCCAGUGCACCAUCGGGCAACCCAGCUGUGCCAACUAUCGUUCAGCCUGCGGCUCCCCCAGCCAAUCCAGCUGCCGCUUCGUCCGCCGCCGCGGCCGCUGCCUCACUCGCCAGGGAAGCUGUCCUGGACGUUACCAAUGUCCAGCGCUUCAACACUCUUCUCACUGUCGAUGGCGCCGGCCAGCAGCUCCUCCCACCAGACCAGCUCAGGGAGCGCACCGUCUUCGACUUCGGUGCUCGCGCCGCACCUCUUGGACAGGGUGGUCGAUUUGUCCUCGCCAACGAGAACAACUUCCCCAUCCUCGUUGAGCAAGGCAUCGCCACCGCCGUUGGCUUCCUGAACCCAUGCAGCAUGAACAGCCCACACACCCACCCUCGCGCCACCGAGUGGCUCACCGUCGUCCAGGGCAAGCUUCAAUCAGGCUUCAUGCUGGAGAACGGCUUCCUUGCCAACGCAGCCAUCGGCCAGUUGACCACCCAGGUCCCCACUGAGCUCCAUGCAUUCCAGGGAACCGUCUUCCCCCAGGGAUCCAUCCACUUCCAGUUCAACAACGAAUGCGAGCCCGCCACCUUCAUCGCCACCCUCAACAACGCCGACCCAGGCACCUCCCAAGUCGCCCAGAACUUCUUCUUCCAAGACGAGAAGAUUGUCAACAUCACCCUCGGCGAGAUCAACAACAUCGACGGCUCCAACAUUGACCAGUUCCGCAAGACUCUGCCUGCCAACCUUGUCCAGGCCGUCGACUCUUGCCUGGCCAAAUGCGAGAAGAAGAGCCACUAA